UACUAUCAGAACGUAUGCACUCAGAGCUACUCCACGGUGUGGUGGGACUGGCCACGAUGGCAGAGGGAGAUCGACUGGAUGGCGCUGAAUGGCAUCAAUCUGCCUUUGGCAUUUACUGGACAAGAGGCCUUGUGGCAAGAGGUAACAAGAUCCCAUACUGUGUAUUUUGUUGUGUGUUUGUAUGUUCUGAGGUGGAGCAAACUGUGUGUAUUGCAACUAAUUUCCUACUACAGUGGGUAAUGUCAGGUAAAAGUGCAAAGUAAUUAUUUGCUGACUUUUUCUUAUUUAAACCAAUGGUUGGAACCGGUUCAGGGAAGAGAACCGAAAAAUGACAUUUUUCGAGAAACAGAAACAAAACCCGGGAUCGGAAGUGAUCUCUAGUGUUCCAGAACAGAACUGCUAUUAAAAAAUGUUGAGAACAGGUUAAUGUACUUUUUUGUUACAGAUAUGUUCCUCAUGUCAAGUAGAUAAUUCUGUAAUUUGAAGAAGUUAAUGCUAGUAGUAUCAUAAACACAUUCUAGUUUAUAUUCCAUGUCAUGAUGUUCAUUGCUUUAAGCCAAACCUUGUCUAGCCCUUUCUCUCGCUCUCUCCCCACCCGUGGAAUUUCAGUCACUUCUUGCACCUGCACUGACCAAUUAAACAUGUUAACAACUAGCUUAUGUGUUUCAUAGGAAGCUUCUCUAUCCAUGCUAAUUGCAUGUAGUAAAUUAAUGAGCUAUUUUGUAAAAACUGUUGAUUACACAGGUGUAAAAAAAUAAAGAAUGAUUUUAUUUUCUGGUCGGAACACUGGAAUGCAAAAAAAAAAAAAAAAAGGUGUUCUGUUCGGAACUGAACAAUUGGAAAAUAAUUUUGGUUCCAACCCCUGAUUUUGUCCAUGUAAAACUGUAUUGUAUUCUAGACCUGUGUUAAAAAAUUAUAUAAAUGGCAACUCUGACAUCAAGCUGUUUUUGAGGGAUUAGAUGUACCUCUCGCUGGGGCUGAACCAGACUGAAAUCGACCACUUCUUCACCGGCCCCGCCUUCCUAGCCUGGAACCGUAUGGGGAACCUGUUCCAGUGGGGCGGACCCCUACCACAGUCCUGGCACGUGAAGCAGCUCUACCUCCAAGUACUAUCAUUUUGAUUGGUCUACAUACAAACAUGGCUUCCCCCCUACAUUUUCAAUAAUAAUGAUGUAUGUUAUAUGUUUCCUCUGCCCUCCAGUUCAAGAUUUUAGACCGAAUGAGAUCCUUCGGAAUGCUGCCUGUCCUGCCAGCUUUCUCUGGCAUUGUGCCUCAGGGCAUCGCCAGGUAUGACUGCUGAUUCAAAACCAUUUCAAACCGUUUCCUCAACCCUUGGCUUCAGUUAUAUAUUUUUUGUUGGAAUACAAAUUAAAUAGCCAUUUCGUGGUCUUUGAAUCAGUUAAGAUCAAUGUGCUCGGCAACAGUGUUUUACUGGAUCGUUCAGUCCUUUUCUGUUCUAUUUCCCAGGCUCUUUCCGAAAGCCAACCUGACCAAACUGCCUCCCUGGAGCCAUUUCAACUGCAGCUACUCCUGCUCCUACACCCUAGAACCCCAUGACCCCCUCUUCCAUCAGAUCGGCUCCAUGUUCCUGUCCCAGCUGGUCAAGCAGUUUGGCACGGACCACGUCUACAACACGGACACCUUCAAUGAGAUGACGCCGGCCUCCUCGGACCCUGCCUCCUUGUCCGCGGUUAGCCAUGCCGUCUUCGCCACUAUGACCUCAGGUGAGAUGUGCAUGCUGAACGAUGCAUAAAAAGGAACGUCUGUUAAUUAGCUGACACUAGCUUUGUUAGACACUGUGUUAGUAGUUUUUCUGCCGGCAUUGCCGGCCACAGCAGUUGGCGGGCUGUUGAAAUGGCAGUAUACAUUGGGUUGUAAUUGCUGUAGUUGUCCUAUUUUCAUUACCCCGGGCUGACCUGGCAUAGUGCCACCCAUGGGUGUUGUACACAGCCCCGUCGACCCCUUGCCCGUACUUCCGAGCCCUAUUAAGAAUUCUGCCUUUCUUCUCCCUCACCCCAAAAUCUUUUUUUGUCUCCAGUGGAUCCCCAGGCCAUUUGGCUGAUGCAGGGCUGGCUCUUUGUGCAUGACGCAGCAUUCUGGAAGCCUGCCCAGAUUCAGGCCCUUCUGCACGGAGUGCCUAUCGGCCGGAUGAUUGUGCUGGACUUGUUUGCUGAAUCCAUGCCAGCUUUCUCCUUCACCAAGUCCUUCUACGGCCAGCCCUUCAUAUGGUGCAUGCUCCACAACUUUGGCGGCAACAGCGGGCUCUUUGGCACAGUGGAGAGCCUCAACUCGGGGCCGUUCGAGGCUCUUGCCUUCCCCAACUCCACCCUGGUUGGACUCGGGCUGGCGCCGGAGGGCAUCGAGCAGAACCCUGUGGUGUACGAGCUGAUGAGUGAGUUGGCGUGGCGCAAGGAGCCAGUCAACCUGGCCAAGUGGGUGUCGCUGUACGCAGCUCGCCGCUACGGCAGCACCCACGAGAACCUGACGGCCGCCUGGAAGCUGCUUUUUGGCAGCGUCUACAACUGCACCGUGCCACACUAUAAGAACCACAACCACAGUCCGCUGGUGCACCGGCCCUCACUGCGCAUGACCACGGAGGUGUGGUACCAGCGGGCCGACCUGUACGAGGCCUGGAGGCUGUUGUACCAGGCGGCCCGGCCCCUCAUGGCCCAGGAGACGUUCCGCUAUGACCUGGUGGACGUCACCCGGCAGGCCCUCCAGCUUCUCACCACCGAUUACUACCGCGAGAUCCGGGACGCCUUCCAGGCCCAGAAGCUUCCGGAGCUCCUGACGGCGGGCGGCGUGCUGGUGUACGACCUCUUCCCAGAGCUGGAGCGCCUGCUGUCCAGCGACGGCCACUUCCUGCUGGGGACAUGGCUGGAGCGGGCACGCUCCCUGGCCCUGGACGAGGUGGAGGCGCGGCUGUACGACAUGAACGCCCGGAACCAGAUCACCCUGUGGGGCCCCGAGGGUAACAUUCUGGACUACGCAAGCAAGGAGUGGGGCGGCCUGAUGGAAGACUACUACUCCCAGCGCUGGAGCCUGUUCGUCAACACCCUGGUGGAGUGCCUGGACAAGGGCCGACCCUUCAGGCAAGACGCUUUCAACCAGGCCGUCUUCCAGGUGGAGAAGGGCUUUGUUUUCAACAGCCGGAAGUACCCCUCCAAACCGCAGGGGGACACCUACGACAUAGUCAGCAGAAUCUUCCUCAAGUAUUAUCCAAAUGCUUUGAAGAGACUAAAGUGA